AUGGGUAAUGACGGUGGCAGCAUCCCUACCCGUCGAGAACUCGUCAAAUCUCCCACCCGUCGCAAGACAACCUCCGAACUCCGUUCGCAAUCCUCCCAGAAUGCGACUUAUCACUGGUCCUUCUGUCCUCUCUCAAAAACACCUCUGAAGUCACCGGUAGUCUCAGACUCCCACGGCCGAUUAUUCAACAAGGACGCGGUAAUAGAAUGGUUAAUAACGCCCGAAAAGUUCGGAGAUGGAGAAGAAGUUAUGAAAGUCUCUGGUGUGAAAGGGUUGAAGGAUAUCGUGGACGUGAAGUUUGAGGCUGGCGAGGAGAAGGAUAGAGAUGACGAAGUUGUCAACGGUGGAAUUAUGAAUGGGAAUGUGAACAGUGGGAGGAAAGAGGUUUGGGUCUGCCCUAUCACCAGGAAGGAAUUGGGACCGGGGACUCAUUCCGUUUAUUUAAUACCAUGCGGCCACGCAUUCGCUGAGGCGGCAGUCAAGGAGAUCAAGGAGGAAACAUGUUUGGUUUGCUCCGAGAAGUUCGACAAAGAGGAUGGAGUGGUUAAGAUUAAUCCUACAGAAGAUAAGGAUAUCGAGUCGCUAAAGAAGAGGAGAGAAAGAUUAGCAGCUUCAGGGCUAAGCCAUUCGUUGAAGAAAGGCUCUAGCAAGAAGAGAAAGAACAAAGAUAAGGAACGGGAGGAGAAGGACGGCGACAAAAGGAAAGAAAAAUCAAAUGGCGAAUCGAAAGAAAAGAAACCGAAACCAUCGACAGUGAGCGAUAUCGCGUCGAAGGUCCUUGGCGAUGUUGAAGAACGGGCUAAGAGACGUAAGAUGGAGAUGAGCGAUAACGUUAAGAGUCUCUUCACAAACGACAAAGACCCCAAUGGCAAGAAGCCAAAAGACGGGGACUUCAUGACCAGAGGGUUUACCAUGCCAGUGAAGGGAGGGAGAUAA